AUGUUCCAAAAGACUGUCAUCGCCCUUCUCCUUGCCGGAGCCACCGCUUUCGCCCCCAACACUGGCUUCUCCCGUCAGUCCACCGCCUUGAACAACGACAAGGUCAAGGAACUCAUUGCCGAGCAACUCGGUGUUGAUGCCGACAAGGUUGUCCCUGACGCCAAGUUCAUUGACGAUUUGGAAGCCGACUCCCUUGACACCGUUGAGCUCAUCAUGGCCAUCGAAGAGGAAUUCGACUGCGAAAUCCCCGAAGAGGAUGCCGCCAAGAUCACCACUGUCGGAGAGGUCAUUGCCUUCGUUGACAAGUUGUAA